AUGGCGCCACAUAUCACCGGUCGCACCAAGCCGACCAAGCCCAAGAAGCAGCAGCGCGCCACCAAGCGCAAGAGAGACGAUGUCGACGUUGAAAAGUUGGAACAGCAAGUCCAGGAUCUGGAUCCCAAGGGCAGCUACACUUCCUUCUCCGACCUACCGCUCUCUCUACCUACCCAAGAAGGCUUGAAAGCCUGCCACUUCACCACCCUCACACCCAUCCAAGCACGCGCCGUGCCUCUUGCCCUCCAUGGUUCCGAUAUCCUGGGUGCCGCCAAAACCGGUUCAGGAAAGACUCUCGCCUUCAUCGUCCCCGUCCUCGAGAAUCUGUAUCGCAAGCAGUGUGUCGGUCAAGAUGCUGGUCUGGGUGCCAUGAUUAUCGCUCCCACCCGCGAACUCGCCAUUCAAAUCUUCGACGUCCUGGUCAAGAUUGGAAGAAAGGGUCAUUUGUUCUCGGCUGGUCUGGUUAUUGGUGGAAAGAGUUUGCAGGAAGAACAAAAUGCUCUCGCCCGUAUGAAUAUCGUCGUUUGCACACCUGGUCGUAUGCUUCAGCACUUGUCGCAAACCGCCCUCUUCUCUGUCGACAAUGUGCAGAUGCUUGUUCUCGACGAGGCCGAUCGUAUCCUCGACAUGGGCUUCCAGCGUGACUUGGACGCCAUUCUCGAGUACCUUCCCAAGGACCGCCAGACUUUGCUCUUCUCAGCGACUCAGACAAAGCGUGUUUCUGACCUCGCUCGCCUCAGUCUGAGAGACCCCGAAUAUGUCUCGACCUCGGAGCAGGGCGAGUCUGCCACCCCCAAGUCUCUGCAACAAAACUACGUUCUCACUCCUCUUCCCGACAAACUCGAUACUCUGUGGUCCUUCAUUCAGACAUGCAAAAAGUCAAAGAUCAUCGUCUUCUUGUCAUCAGGAAAGCAGGUCCGUUUUGUGUUUGAGGCCUUCCGUCAUAUGCAACCUGGUAUCCCUUUGCUACAUCUUCACGGUCGCCAGAAGCAGACCGCUCGUCUAGACAUUACCACAAAGUUCUCACAUGCCCAACAUUCAUGCAUGUUCGCAACAGAUGUCGCUGCAAGAGGUUUGGAUUUCCCUGCUGUCGACUGGGUCGUCCAACUGGAUGCUCCCGAGGACGCCGACACAUAUAUUCACCGUGUAGGUCGUACUGCUCGUUAUGAGCGCGAUGGCAAGGCUGUACUGUUUCUCGACCCUAGCGAAGAAGAAGGCAUGUUGUCCCGCCUCGAAGCCAAANAGGUCCCGAUUGAGCGCAUCAGCGUCAAGCAAAAGAAACAACAAUCCAUCAAGCCUCAACUACAAAACAUGUGCUUCAAGGACCCAACUCUCAAAUACCUUGGUCAAAAGGCUUUUGCCAGUUACGUCCGCAGCAUCCACAUUCAAAAAGACAAGGAAGUCUUCAAACUCGACAAAUUGAACCUCGAAGAAUUUGCAGCAAGUCUUGGUCUGCCUGGUGCACCCAAGAUCAAGUUUAUUGCUGGAGAUGACGCAAAGGCCAGAAAGAACGCACCCAGAGCAAAGAUGGACGACUCGGAAGACGACAGCGAAGGCGAAAAGGGAGACAAGAAGAAGUCAGAAGUCCGCACAAAGUACGACCGUAUGUUCGAGCGCAAGAACCAGGACGUUCUGGCAGACCAUUACGCCAAGAUGGUUCGCGACGACGACAUCGAAGCCUUAGACGGUACACAAAUGUCCGACGACGACUUGUUCAGCGUCAAACGCCGUAUCCCCGUACAAGAAGAGAACGAGGACUCGUCAGACGAGGAGACCACACCAGCAGUGGCAGACAUGGAUCUACCGCCAGGUGCAAAGGCAGUUCACAUACCCGGAGCCAAGGACGCCCUCAUCAUCGACAGCAAGAGAAGGGAGAAAUUGCUCAAGAGCAAGAAAAAGUUACUCAAGUUCAAGGAGAGUGGUCAGAAACUCGUCUUCGACGACGAAGGAAAUGCACACCAAAUCUACGAACUCGAAGACGAAGACGCCUUCAAGGCAAAGGGCACAGCAGAAGAACAACGCAAGAAGUUCUUGGAAGAAGAAGCACAAAGAGUCCGCGAAUCAGAUCUCCUGGACAAAGCACUUGCCAAGGAAAAGAAGCGCGCAAAGAGAGAAAAGAGAAAGGAGAGAGAACGAGGAGAAGAAGGUGCUUCCGACGACGAAGAUGAAGCACCACAACUCGCCGAUGCAUCAGAAGACUUUAAGAAAUUCCUUGCUGGAUCGGAAGAUGGAUCAGAAGCAGAAGAGGACGAGGACGAGCAGCCAAAGAAGAAGCAAAAGAAAUGGUUCGAGGGAGAGGGUCGCAGGACGGAUAUGGGCAAAGAAGAAGCUGCUCCGGAAACUCUUGCGGAUUUGGAGGCUUUGGCCGCUGGGUUGUUGGGUUAG